GAACGUCAUUUGCUUCAUACAUUUAGCUUUAGCCAAAAUUAGCCAGCUGUUGAAAUCAUAGAGAUAUCUUGCCGAAACGAGUGUUUUUCUUUUCAACUAACAGCCUACCUAACCGUUAUUGAUUUGGUGCUCCCUGGUUUACAGUGCCAAACAUGUAUAUAAAAGCUUUAUUCCGAUGCAGAGACAUGCUGAAAGGAGAACUGGUCGUGUGAAAUGCUGGCUAGCCUAAUCAAAGCUAGCUGACGGGCCGAGAAACGAAAGUGGCUAACAUUAACGAGAGAUAAGCUUAUCGCAACAAGCCGGGGUACUUUAACCUAUCUGCCACUGAAGCCACAAGAAGAAGCAGUGACAGAGAUAGUUCAUUACCUACAAAGUAAAUAAUUACGUUAUGUGCCAAUAAAGGUAGCAGUGGGUCUCUCUAGGGCAGAGCUAUGGGUGCGUUCCUGGACAAGCCCAAGACAGAGAAGCACAACUCGCAUGGUGAGGGCAAUGGCCUGCGCUAUGGGCUGAGUUCCAUGCAGGGCUGGCGGGUGGAGAUGGAGGAUGCUCACACAGCUGUGUUGGGACUUCCUGCUCCUGGCAUGACUGACUGGUCCUUUUUUGCUGUGUACGAUGGUCACGCUGGCUCAAGGGUUGCCAACUACUGCUCUAAGCAUCUUCUGGAGCACAUAAUCAGUGCUAGUUUAGGGACUAAAGUCUCACAUGCAGGUUCAGACAGCUCAUCCAGUGACCCUCCAGUAUCGGGUCCUCCUACAGUGGAAGCUGUAAAAGGUGGGAUCCGGACAGGCUUCCUGAGGAUUGAUGAGCACAUGCGCAGCUUCUCUGACCUCCGAAAUGGCAUGGACCGUAGUGGCUCCACAGCAGUGGGAGUCCUCCUGUCACCUGAUCAUUUCUUCUUCAUUAACUGUGGUGAUUCUCGAGCAGUUCUAUACCGCAAUUCACACGUGUGCUUCUCCACACUCGACCACAAGCCUUGCAACCCACGUGAGAGAGAGCGUAUCCAGAAUGCCGGUGGCUCAGUGAUGAUUCAGAGGGUUAAUGGCUCACUGGCCGUAUCGAGGGCUUUGGGGGACUACGAUUACAAGUGCGUGGAUGGGAAGGGCCCCACAGAGCAGCUGGUCAGCCCCGAACCAGCAGUGUUUGACAUGGUUCGGGCCCCAGAACAGGAUCAGUUUGUGAUCCUGGCCUGUGAUGGCAUCUGGGAUGUCAUGUCCAAUGAGGAGCUGUGCGAGUUUGUGAAAUCUAGGCUUGAGGUGUCUGAUGACCUAGAGAGAGUGUGCAAUGAAGUAGUGGACACCUGCCUGCACAAGGGGAGUCGGGAUAACAUGAGUGUUGUGUUAGUGUGUUUGCCCAAUGCUCCCAAAGUGUCGGAGGAGGCCGUGAGGAAGGACGCUGAGCUCAACAAAUAUCUGGAGUCUCGAGUGGAAGAGAUGCUGUCUCGGGAGGAGGGAUUUCCAGACCUGGUAGCAGUGAUGAGGAACCUAUCCACUGACCACGGCAUGCCACCUUUGCCACCAGGGGGAGGCCUCGCCAGCAAACGCAGCGUUAUUGAAGCAGUAUACAACCGUCUGAACCCGUACGGGGAGGAAGAUGGGAACGGAGCAGAGUUGGAGUACCACUGGUAGCUGUCCAGCACAACUGCCUGAUCCAAAAAAGAAAAGAAAAAGAGGACCACUUUUCCACACAAGAUCACAUCCAAAGUCACCUAUUAGUUUCCUCUGGGAUGUUUUUUGUGAUUUAGUUUCCCCUCUCCCACACUGAUCAAUUGAAGCAGAGAUCCCAGUUUUUCAAAACAAACAACACAUCCAAUGUGGAGGACUCCAAAGUUGUUUUUGUAGAACAAAACAGGGACAAAAUAUAACAAAAUUGCAUUGAUGGUGUGAACGCAGAACUUCAUAUACAGUAUAUCAGGAGAGGCACAGUUUCUCUUGCCCCUUGCUUUCUUUGUGGUGGUUGUUUUUGUUGUGAAUUGACAGAGACAUCAUUUUGUUGCUCUAUGGAGAAGGGAGGACCUCACAACUCAACAGCCAGCCAGUCUUUAAGAAACCAGCCACUGAUGGAUGUGUGUAAGACACUGAACAGACUAAAGUGGUUUGUUGGCUGCAUUUGUUUUUGGCAUUAUUUGUUUUGAAGUGUGAACUUGCACCUGACUGGCAGCCAUUCGACCACACAAACCUGCUACUCCCACACACCUCAAGCUACACUGAGGGCAUUACUGGUACAGAAAUGGGGCCCAACACUUCACCUGCCCACGCGCCUGGCUUGCUGGGAAAGCCUAACAGAACUUACAGAUUUAAAACUACGAAAUCCUUGCUAUUCAUCCUUUUAACCCCUCUCGGUUAAAACCUCAAAUUCAGGGUCCAAGAGUCCAUCACCUUGGUCUACACACCUGAAGACGGGGGGGGGGGGUACUCACGAGAGUCUGUCUGGCAACACAUUUACACAUUUGGCUCAUCCAUACUGUGUUCAUACUAAAACAGGACAUUGGUUGGUGCGCCUGGCUACAGAUAGGAAUAACAUGGAGGAGGUUUAAACUUUUCUUGCACAUCGCUGCUUACUUUCUCUCCUCCUGUCUCUUAAAAGAUGUUAUCAAAUAGUAGAUUUCUCACUCUUCCCCUCUGUCUUUUCACUCUUCUGUCAUUUGCAUUGGCAGACAGAAUCAUAAACGUUUGAGCCUGCUGUUGUUUAAGAAAUAGAAAAAUAGAAAUGACUAUAUAUUGAAUUCAUAAAUAUAUAUAGAUAUAGAGAUAUAUAUCUAUAUAUAGAGAUAUAUAGAUAUAGAGCGAGAGAUAUAUAGAUAUAUUUUGAUUGGUUUGUUUCAUCUUAAUUCCCAGCCAUGGUAUUAUUUGUGGCCCUUUGUGCAUGUGGUCUGUGUGUUUUUGUAGACUAAAACAGUUAAAACAGUUGCGCACAGUGUUCCCACAAACCGUUCCAAAGACAUGGUUGGGGUAAAGGAAUUCCAGCCUCACCACCUUCUUCCCCCUUUCUUUUCAAUACGCACAUAAAAUCCUGCUUCUUCUACAACUUGUCUUUUCUAUCUUUGAAAUAUCCUGUGUAAAAAAACAAAUAAUGCCUUUUUUGUUUGUUUUUGAUCGAAAAAAUUCCAUUUACGUUUUUUUUUCUUUUAAAAAAUUUUUUUGGUAUAUAUAGCUUUUCAUAGUGCUGUGGUCCUUUUUUCAGAUGGAUAAGAAAAUGACGAGGGGAGCACGAAAUAUACCUUGUACAGCUGUUGGGGAGAAAGAAAUAGGUUUAUGGAGUUUCAGUGUAUGAAGUAAAGGAGGGACACCAUAGGACAGAAGAGAAUAGGCCCUACACCCAGAGCUGUGUUCACACUUACUGAAAUUGCUCUCCUUACGUUUUCCACAGCUACCUUUUUUAUAGACUUUGCCUCAAAUGCACAGGGCCGGUGUUGGGGAAAGCCCCGGUUUGACUCUUUGGAAUGACCAGGAGUUCAUAUUAUAUUCUUAUUAUUCAACCCAAGCACUAAGAAGUGACUGAAAGUUCAGAAACAAAUAUUUGUCCGGAAAAAGCCUCUUCUUUUUUAAACAAAUGUCUUUUUUUUUUUUUUAAGAAAUGUGCUCAUAGACAAAGUCUAUUGACAUACUUCUCACGUGUGUUCUUUCCUGUAGAUGCAUUUAAAAUAGGCUAAAAUUAUAUACACAACUGUAAUAUACACUUCUCUUUUUUUUUUUUUCAAUCUUUUGAUGGCAAAUUCAUUGUGCUUUCUGAAGUGGCAGUACUGAAAGAGAAUAGGCCUAACAGGUUGCUGGCUGAUAAAUGUUCUUGUGGUACACUUGCUCUCGGUGCCAUAUGACAAAUAGGUACUUGAAUGUGUAGUUCUUUUGCAGUUGCAUUGUUUUAAUGGGAUGAUUGAUUUUUCUUUGUUUGUGGUGGAGGGAGUGGGAGGGAUGGGAUCUUUAUAGUUGUGCAUGUUUUGUGAUUGAGGGAGAAGUGUAUUUUGUGUGAGUGGGAGUACUGGCCAGAUGGGGAUAAUGCUGGCAGGUUCAGUGUGGUGGAACACAAUGUUGGAGAGGAAAUGUAUGAAAGAACAGCAUAGAGAAAAGUGGAACACAUAGCAGGAUAUUAUUUUUAUUUACAGUCAUUUUUAAUCGCUACUUGUUGUUUUAAGAUGUAAAUUCAGUUUGAAAUUGAAUCAUUCCCAUUGUGGACUGUUAUUUCAAAAUUCAUAUUUGCUGACUUCUUAACAUUUGGUUUUACCACACUGAACUGAGUCUUCCGUUUAGGUUUAUGUUUAAGCUGUAUCAGACACUGGGCUAGGAGAGGAAUUAAUUGGAGGAAAGGAGGGAGAAUCCUUUUUUUUUUGUUGUUGUUUUUGAAUGUAAUUUUAUAAUAUUCACACUGUUUCCACUGCAUGGACUGAAUAUAAGCAGCACUGCAGCAUCACAUUCCCUCCUCAUCAGUCAUUCAAUGACUGAUGAAAAACAAGCUAUCUUUGCUUCCCUUUGUUUUGAAAAGUAUGUGAUCAUUGUUCUGUUUGUGGAAUAUAAUCUCACCAGGGAAGACGUCUCACUUUUUCGAAGGAGACUUUGGAGGUUUGGUGAUGCCCGAAUAAUUUUAUUUGUUGCUUUGAUUUCAGGAUAUGUCGAGUAAAGAGAAUUUUACAAAGCAUCUUGUCUCCUCAGCUGGUCAGUUAUUCUGGGUCCGGCUGGGUGAGUGUGACCGUGAGGAUGCCAGAAAGCAGGCGAGAAUUUGGAAACGACUACUAGAAGCAAAAGACAAAUGACAUUCCUCAUGUGGGCUUUUUAGGUCUGAAAAUGAACCCUUUUACUCUCUGCCACCUCCUUCUGUUGUCUCUGGACACUCUUUAUGUAGACAUACUGUUAAAAUUGACAGAUGUGUGAUAGCAGUGAUAAAUUCCACACCUGUUUUUAUUUAUUCCUGUGCUUUUUAGCUCUUGGUAAGCUGGUUUGCAUUUGAGAGUAAUGAAUGCCCUCCUUUGACCUUUGGAGAAGGCUAAAGGAAGGAGAGGAUUAUAAAACACCCAUGGGUAUUCAUCAUGCCUUCUUCCUGUACUAAUUUCCCAGUAUGCUAUUGUGAUGUUAGACCAUACAGUGAACAUAAACGUCAAUAAAAUGGAUUUAAGUUAAACAGUU